AUGUUUUGCUGGCAAAUAUCUGUCACGCAAUAUCUCAUUUUCCAGCUGAGAAAUUUCUUUCUGAAGUUUUUCAUUCCUUUUCACUUUUUUUUUUUCUCUCUUUCGCUUUCAUUUUUCUUUUUUUCCGUUUUCUUAUUCUUUUCACUUUUUCAUACGCUUACACAUUUUUUUUUCUUUCAUCUCUCUCAUUUCAUUUUAAUUUUUUCAUUUCUCAUUUCUUCAAAUAGUCCUGGUUUUCUCCCUUCCUCCUGUUUUUAUAUUUUCCGUAUUUUUCAUUCCUUUUCUGUUUCUUAUCUCUUAUCUUUUUUCUUUCCGCUUCCAUUUUUUGUAGUUUAUUCAUAUUUUCCAAUCCUUACAUCUUCAUUGUUUUUUUUUUCUUUUUUAUUCUAUCUUUCCGUUUCUAUUUUUUCAUUUUCUCAUCCCUUUUCACGUUUAUCUCUUUCAUGUUCAUUUUCCCGUUCAAUUUUUCUUUUUCCUUAUUUUUUUAUUCCUUCAUUUUCCCUUGUUUUCAUUAUUAUUAUAUUUUUUCUUUCUCCUUCUCUUUCCCUUUUUCUUCUUCACAUUUUCUCAUUCCAUCGAUUUCUACGUUUUUUUCACUUGUCUCUCUUUCACGCCUUCUUUUUUCUACAUUCUUCUUCUUUUUUCAUUUUCUUUUUUUUAAUGUUUCUUCUCAUUUUAUUCUUUCCUUUUUUUUUCUUUCCUUCCUUCUCUCGUGUUUUCUUUCUAAACAGUGUCGCAUCAUCAAAGCCACUUCUCUUGUAA